UCGGUCUUCGCAUCGUGCAUCGAGGGUAAUUCCGCGGUCCGAGCACGUAUCACACCUUCAAAACUAGUCUCUGUACCUUUUGCAUGGGCAUGAAAGCCGCUAGAGCCCACCAACCAUGAUUUUAUCCCGUCGCACAAUCUUCGGCGUCUUUUUGAAACCCAGAGCCUCGUCUUCCUUUUCUAUUUUUUCCCAGCCUCUCCCCCACUUCCGUGCUCAACAACCUCACCAUUCAGCCCUUUGCCCUCGUAGUUUUGCAACGAUGUCUAAAGAUACUAUUGUCAUUUUUGGCGCCACUGGCAAGCAGGGUGGCUCUGUUGUUGACAGUAUCCUGAGUGACCCCACGGCAGCCAGCCGAUUCCAUGUCAAAGCUGUCACCCGUGACGUUUCGACGGAUAAGGCGAAGGCAUUGGCUGCAAAGGGUGCUGAGCUGGUUACGGGAGACCUGAACGAUAAAGAAUCUUUGCGUCCUGUGAUAAAGGGGGCCUAUGGGGUUUUCGCUGUCACCAACUUCUGGGAAAUCUUCAGUGCGGAGAAAGAAGUUCAGCAGGGGAAGAAUACUGCCGAGGUCUGCAAGGAGGAAGGCGUUCAGCACCUUGUAUGGAGUAGUCUCCUCAACAUCAAUAAGCUUACCAACGGCGUGCUUUCCAAAGUCUACCACUUUGACGGCAAGGCUGAGGUCGAGGAGUAUAUCCGGUCCCUUGACAUUCCGGCUACCUUCUUCCUCGCCGGCUUCUUUAUGUCCAAUGUCCCGGGGGUGAGCUUCCGCCAGAUCCCCACUGGUAGCUACGCCCUCUCCAUGCCUGUUCCGGAUGACACGCCCGUUCCUCUCUUUGCUGCUGAGUUUGACACCGGUAAGUUUGUUAAGGCAAUCUUCCUCAAGCGGGACGCUACGCUAGGCAAACGUAUAUACGGGGCGACCACUUAUUCCACUCCUGCGGAAAUGGUGGCUACUUUCCAGAAAGUCUACCCCGAGACGGGCAAGCACGCCAAGUUCAAUCAACUGUCUCAUGAGGCAUUCAAGGGCAUCAUGGCUGCAACCGGUGCCCCUGAGAUUAUUCAAGAGGAGAUGCUGCAGAAUAUGCGCCUUAUGUCGGAGUUUGGGUAUUAUGGAGGGGAUGCUUUAGAGCCUAGUCUUGCGAUCGUUGACGAACCAUUGACUACUUGGGAGGAGUACAUCAAGCAAGCCACCGCUUUCGCCUCGUUGAAGUAGGCUAUUUAAUGUAUAAUCCCAUGUGUACAUGUCAUGGGUAGCGCACUAUAUCGUCCAAUAUGAACAUAGUAAAGCCUCAUUCGAUGUUCC